AUGUUGAUGCCCAAGAAGAACCGGAUCGCCAUCUACGAGCUCCUCUUUAAGGAGGGGGUGAUGGUGGCCAAGAAGGACGUGCACAUGCCGAAGCACCCCGAGCUGGCAGACAAGAACGUGCCCAACCUCCACGUCAUGAAGGCCAUGCAGUCUCUCAAGUCCCGGGGCUACGUGAAGGAGCAGUUUGCUUGGAGACACUUCUACUGGUACCUGACCAACGAGGGCAUCCAGUACCUCCGCGAUUACCUCCACCUGCCCCCUGAGAUAGUGCCCGCCACGCUGCGCCGCAGCCGGCCUGAGACUGGCCGCCCAAGGCCCAAAGAAAAAAUAUCCUCAGGUCUGGAGGGCGAGCGACCUGCAAGACUCACACGAGGGGAAGCCGACAGAGACACCUACAGACGGAGUGCUGUGCCCCGUGAGUAACGGUCGGCUGUGUGGGGGUGCGAGGGUAGAAUCUGGAUUCUCCGUCAGCUCCGGCUGGGGUCCUUGGUGCUUCUUGCCUUACCCAGGGGUUUGAUGGAUAGGGAUUGGGGGAAACAUCCUUUGAGUGAGGGACCGACUUAGGUUGAAAACCUUUAACGAGAGCAAACUGAAAACUUUCAGCAAAGCAACAUGGUUUUAUGUUGUGGUUGUGUUCCUGUGUUGUAAACUCCUUAAAGGAAGGGUCCGCUCAAAUUACCUUUGUUGUUUUCUUAUUGCAAAAAAUAGUGUAAAGUUUUGUUUUGUUAUAUUUUAAAUAUUUAUUAAACUAAUUAGGGUGACAGUGGUCAAAUGAACAUACAGGUUUCAGGUGUGGGUUUUUAUGUUACAAGAAAUGUAUAUUGCAGCGUGUACCCAUCACCCAAAGUCAAAUCUUCUGUCGCCUUAUAUUAGGACGUCUUUCUGUAAAAUCUUGUUUUAAAUAGCAAGUAUUAGCAUCGACUUGGAAUAGCAGAUGUUUGUUCAUUCAAUACAUAACAAAAAGGCCCAUCUCUCAUUGAACUUGCAUUUGAGUGAUAGAUGGAGAAGCAAAAAUAAGUAACAUAAUAUGUCCCAAUGAUGUGGAUGCUACAGGAAAGUUAAAGUGUGUGUGUAAUUUUCAAUAAUGUUGCAGAGUGAGAUUUAAGCAAACACCAGAUGGAUGAGGGGGGGAGCCAGCCAGUGGCUACCUGGGGAAGGCAUCUGGCUUGUCUGAAUGAC